GCAGUAUUAAACAAUUAUGGCGUCAAAAGUUACUUUUAAAAUAACUCUUACCUCUGAUCCAAAACUUCCAUUCAAAGUACUUAGUGUACCAGAUAAUACACCUUUCACUGCUGUAUUAAAAUUUGCUGCUGAAGAAUUUAAAGUGUCACCAUCUACAUCUGCAAUAAUCACAGAUGACGGAAUAGGUAUUAAUCCACAGCAAACGGCAGGAAACGUUUUCCUUAAACAUGGCUCCGAACUCAGAUUAAUUCCUAGAGAUCGAGUUGGAUAUGGUAGAUGA